GGGAUGGCAAGAAUAAAAGUUAUUUUGUAAUGUCAUUUGGCUAUAUGGUUUAAAAUAGCUGUUAUCUAUUUUAUUUCAGAUUUUUUGAUUGACUGGAUACGAAGAACUGAGCUCUACAACAGUCAGUCAUUAUACUGUAUCAUCUGGUAUUUAUCUUUUUUAAUACUAGCGGAGUUCAUUUCUAAUCGAGACCAACGCGCCACACCUGGUGGGGGCAGUAUAGAGCAGGGCGCUGUUUAUUGGCUCACAGAUAUGUGUACGUCAUCAACCCGCGCCAUCAGUUCGAUAAACGCAUGUUUGUUAUUGGAAAACAGUAGAGAGCAUAGAGCAGUGGCGACGUGGAACGGAUCAGGACUUUGUCAGUACUGCUUCACGUCAGGACGACCACAGUCUGAGGAUUUCGCCGAUCGAACACUAAGACGCUGGUCCGGCUACAGCUGCUGUUCUGGGCUCUUCUCUCGCAGACUAAAGACAGCGGCUGGACUCAGCAGUGGGCUGCGGCCUCUUCAGGAAUGUGUCAGGUGGAUGAAGAAUAUCAGGAGGAGCUGGAGCGCGCGGACGGGCCCAGUGUUUCUAAGAAAUGUGUCAAAUGCAAAGAGGCAUCGGCAGCUGUGGUCAUCAGAGCAGGAGACACAUACUGCAGGAGCUGUUUCAAGGAGUAUUUCAUUCACAAGUUCAGAGCCAUGCUGGGCAAAAACAGAGUUAUUUUUCCUGGGGAGAAGGUGCUGCUGGCUGUAUCUGGGGGUCCUUCUUCCUGUUCAAUGCUCAGUCAAGUCCAAGAGGGUUUAAGUCAGAAGGCUCACAAGAAGUUGAGAUUCUCGCCUGGCAUUGUUCACAUUGAUGAGGGUGGUGCUGUCGGUCAGUCUGCGGAGGAGAGACAGAGGAAGGUGUCAGAGUUGCAGGCGGUGUUCAAAGCUACCGGCUUCCCCUUCCUCAUCCUGCCUCUUGAACAGGUUCUGGACCUUCCCAGUUCAGUUGUGGAGACGGCCCUGUCACCGUUAGAGCCACCGCCCAGCGCCUACAAAGCAGCUGUGGAUCGCUUCAAUCAGACCAGCAGCAGCGACUAUCUGCCACCACAGGAGCGGGAGGAGAAGUCACUGCCUGAUGUUCAGAAGUCCCACACACAGUUACUGCAGCAGCUAAUGGGCUCUGCUAAGACACUGACAGCCAGAGAAGACCUGCUCAACACGUUAAGGCAGCAUCUGCUGGUCCACACAGCUCGCACUGAAGGCUACAGUAAACUGAUGCUGGGAGACAACUGCACCAGACUGGCUAUUAAGCUGCUCACCAGUAUAUCGCUGGGCAGAGGAGCACAGCUGGCUCAGGACACGGGGUUCUCUGAUUCUAGAUAUGGUAACAUAAUAUCAGUGAGGCCAAUGAGGGACUACUCCGCUAAAGAAAUAGCUUUCUACAACCAUAUGUUCAACGUGCCCGCUGUUGUCGUUGCAAGUCUGGACACUAAGACAUCUGAAAAGGCCAGUAUCCAACGUCUGACAGAGAGCUUUGUCACCAAGCUGCAGACAGACUUCCCCUCUACCGUCAGCACCAUCUACAGGACCAGUGAGAAGCUGCAGACAGCAUGUAGGAGCUCGUCCAGCGCCGACCACAGUGACAGAUGUCUGCUGUGCGUGUGCACCCUGGAUACUGCUGUUGAGAAGGCCUCAGCCUUUCAGGCCACACUGAUCUCAGAGCAGCUCUCCCAGACUAAAUCUCUUGGAUGUAGGAAUCCAGGACAAAGCCCAGGUCCAGUGAAGCCUGAAUCAGCUGCUUCAACUGGACAGUGCUGUUCUUCUGCAGGAGGCGAGGAUUGUGGAAGAGCAACAAGUGGUGGAGGCUGCUGUUCUUUGACUACGGAGACGACUGAUCUGAAGAGUCUGUUGUGUUACAGCUGUCAGCUGACCAUCAGAGACAUGUCAUCAGUGGACCAUCUCCCUCUGUACAUCUUGUCAGAGGCUCAGAGGAGACAAAGGAGGGCUCAGAUGAGAGACGAGAUCAGUGAGUUCCUGCUGGAUGAUGGUGACGAAGGCAUUUACAGGGAGGUUUGACCAAACAGAAGUCAAGGGUUGCAGGCUGAGGUGGAGCGCAACGUGGAAAACCACAGGACAUCCCAGGGCCAAACACGUGUUCAACCUGAAACAGCAGCCCUGUAUUCUAACACCACAAGGACCUCUGUUAGGUUGUGAGUGAUUUAUCAGUGAGGCAUGAAAUAAAUAAAGUUGUAUUGUCCCCAAAGAAAACAUUAGUUUGUACAGUGUGCUUUAUAAAUGACUCCAGAAGAAAAGCUGGAUUGUGCCAGACCCCCAAGCGUCUGCAGCUUUCACAGGUGCCUCACUUGACAGACACUGUAGCAGCUACUGGUAAGCCUUCACACACAUAGGCACUAAAAUAUCAUUUUAUUUCAUCGUUUGCAAUAGUUACAUUCAGUAGGACAUUUCAGAAACAAGUUAGACUAACUAGCUUGACUUUCAUUCAUUUUUUUUAUUUUUGUCACUUUAGAAUGCAGAGGCUGGUUAAAGUGGAUGUUUGAAGUCUAAAGAAUGACUCAUUCUACUACUUUACGAUCAGCAGAACCUAGUGCCCCAGAUGUUUUGUACUUGUUAUUACUGUUCUAAUAUUUUUUAAAGUUUCUAUUAAAAGCUGCUGUCAAGUCACA